GGUUCGUAGGUUUUUAGUGGAUAGCUGUACUUUAAGAAAGGUCAAAAGGAGAGAUGGAAUCCUUUGAACGCAGCUUUGAUUCUUUCAACGUCUGCUCCGCAACUCCCGAACGAACUAGAACACACAUUCUAACGGCUUCUCAAACACUUCCUGGUUUCCUUCAGCCAAUCAGACAAUAUCAACAUAAACUUCUUUAAGCAAUUAUUGUACGGAAUAAAACCUAGGUAACUGUUACACAAAAGAAUAUAAUGCUCAGAUAUUAAAAGAAAAUAAUCAUUUUACAUAAGCUCACAUAUAUUUCAUCGAGAGAGUUCAACUGUCACUGGCGCAACUAUCGUUUUCAAUUGGCUGCUCUGUCAACUAAAAUCUGUAAUAUUUGUUUGGGUUCAUAAUUUUAUGAAUGCACAUUUGUCUCAUUAUAAACGUUAAUAUUUGUGAUUCUCUUUUAAAUCUUUUCUCAUUACUAUGUGCAAUAUUUCCUGCAAGAUCACUUCCGGUUUAGGCUGACGUAUGCCGAAUGGCGCGAAGGAAACAGAGAGAGAGAGAGAGAGAGAGAGAGAGAGAGAGAUCUGCAUUUUCAAUUUCUUUACAGUCGGUUUACAAGGUACAGACGAGUUGAACUGAGGACAUCCUGAUCAACAAUCGAGCGGAGUCCAGCGCUUGGCUAACACACCCAGAUCCCUUCAGUGGAAGUCCCACACCAAUCAUACAAAUGAGAUGGCAGGAGACACAUUUAUGACCACAAGGCAAUCAAUCAAUACGUGGUCAGGAAGCAGAGCGACGAGGCGGACUGCAGUGGACAGGAAGGAGGACAAGGACAAAAGAGAGGGAAAGGAAAAAGAGGACACACGGUUUUGAUUGUGUGCGUGUGCUUUUUUUGACGUCAUCUCAGGUUGGAGGAGGAGGGAUGCAAGAGAGCGAAGGCGAACGCGAGAAAGAGCUCCUCACAACAUCUUGGAAGCAUCCUCACAUGGCCAUGACAGGAUUUUUAAUCACCGGGGAGACUUGAUGUUGGGAAGCAACCAGCGCACGUUUUCGUUCUUUUUUUUUUUGAGGUGGGGGGGGAUGUCAACAGUUUAAUUAAGGAGCUAAUACGUGCGUGAAGAUGAGUGUGCCUAUGCUGAAGAUCGGCGCCAUGCUGAGCACCAUGGCCAUGGUCACCAACUGGAUGUCCCAGACGCUGCCCUCGCUGGUGGGACUUAACGGCACCACCGUUGGCGUCUCCCCCGAUGGCACACACGAACGCAUCGUCAGCGGUUUGUAUCCGGGCUCGGAGGAGGCUUGGCAGGUGUACAGCACCGCGUCGGACCCGGACGGCCGCUGCGUGUGCGCCGUGGUGGCUCCUGCCCGCAACCUCUGCAAGCGGGACCAUCGCGGUCGUCAACUCAGCCUGCUGACUCAACAGGUACAGAACGUGAGUCAGUCCGUGGAGGGGGUCCACCUGCGGACCUCCAGGGACCUGCGACACUUUCGCGAGUCGGAGCCGCUGCUGCGGGGCGUGGACGGACGCCUGCACUCGUACGCCAGCAGUCCUCGCACGCUCACGUCCAAGGGUCUGCAGGAGCUGAAGGGUCAGGUGACCCAGCUUCAGCCCCUUCUGUCCACGGCAGAUCAGUACCGGUCCGACGUGCGGACGCUGGCUGCCCUGCGAGGCGAAUUGCUCAACCUGUCGGCGGUCCUGACGGCCAUGCAGGAGGAGGUGGGAGCAUACGACUACGAGGAGCUUCAGAGGCGAGUCCUGCUGCUGGAGACCCGACUGCACAGCUGCAUGAACAAGCUAGGUUGCGGUCGCCUGACAGCCGUCAACGGUCCCAUCACCGUGCGGGCGUCGGGGUCCCGCUUCGGCUCCUGGAUGACUGACGCCAUGAUUCCCAGCUCUGACAGCAGGGUGUGGGCCAUGGACGGCUUCUACCGCGGCCGGCGCGUGUUGGAGUACCGCACGAUGGCCGACUUCACCAAGGGCCAGAACUUUGUGCAGCACCUGCUGCCGCACGCCUGGGCCGGCACGGGCCACGUGGUCUACAACGGCUCGCUCUACUACAACAAGCACCAGAGCAACAUCCUGGUGCAAUACCACUUCCGCUCUCGCAGCGUGCUGCUGCAGCGUAGCCUUAGCGGCGCGGGCUACAACAACACCUUCCCGUACAGCUGGGGGGGGUCCUCCGACAUUGACCUCAUGGCCGACGAGACGGGCCUGUGGGCCGUUUAUACAUCCAUACUCAACGCUGGAAACAUCGUAGUGAGCCGCCUGUGUCCCCGCUCGCUGGACAUACUACGUAGCUGGUCCACGGGCUUCCCGAAACGCAGCGCGGGCGAGGCCUUCAUGAUCUGCGGCGUCCUCUACGUUACCAACUCGCACCUGGCCGGAGCCAAGGUCCACUUUGCCUACAACACCAAUACGUCCACGUACGAGUACACGGACGUGCCAUUCCACAAUCUCUACUCACACAUCAGCAUGAUGGACUACAACCCCAGAGAGAGGGCGCUCUACACCUGGAACAAUGGUCACCAGGUGCUCUACAACGUCACGCUCUUUCACGUCAUACGCACCGACGGGUAGACCACGUUAGACGAGACUGGAGAUGAGUCACGCACACGGUCGGCUUUGUGGUGGAUGUGUCGAGUCCGCAUGGUUUCUUCCUUCAAUAAACAUCAAUAAACUUCA